CACAUAGCAAUCGGUAGUGCAUUGUUCGCGUUUGUCGUUCGCUGUAGUACGGUGUUUGCCGUGUCGCUCCCGCGAUUAUUUUUCAUAUCAAAUGGUAAAUAAUAAAUAAAAAAGUAUUGUGUUGUGUUAUUAAAUAGCCAAAGCGGCCGUGCCGAGUGUACGCGCGUGUUAUUCGUGAAGUGUAAUCUGAAAUUGUUUCGAAGUGUUUGUUUUCGUGUGUUAUUUUGCCGCGAGUGCGUCGCGUUGAGUGCGAACAGGGCGCCGGCCGUUGCUGCCGGUGGCCAAUCAAUGUAUACCACUGCCGCCGCCCGCCGGUGGCUACACGAGAUGUAAACUGUAGAAUUUUGCUUUAAAGUGACGAUUGCUUCCAAAUAUUUUUUGGAAAUGUCGUCCAGAAAAACCUUUGAUGUGUCUGCUGGAGGUGAAAGCCAAAAGCAGUCAGUCGCUGGAAAGGUAAAGCAAAAGCGAACAUCUAACGCUAGUGAUACACCACCUGGACCAAUAAUAGCUGUUAAAAAAAAUGUUAACAAUAAAAAGGUGGCGGUAAGUAACAAAGCUCAAAAAACAGAUUUAAAAAAUAUAAAAACGCCUAAAGCAAUGAAGAAAAUUGCCGAGAAAGAGUUCGAAGAACGUGAAGAAAAAAAAGAAUCAUUGAAAAAAACUGCUAAACAAAAAUUAAAAGAUAAAUUGAUAACAAAAACUGUUAAAAAGCCGCUUAAAGAAGCUAUUAAAAAGGGUAAAGCUCUAUUAACCGGUAGUGUAGAGAAAUUGAUAGACAAGUCACCACCUAAAUUGAAAAAAGCUGUCAUAGCAGCCAAAAAAACAGAGGAUAAAGAAGAAAAGAAAUCCAAAGAAAAGACACAGAAAGAAAAAAAGUUAAAGGAAUUAAAAGAGACAAAAGAAGUAAAAGAAACGAAAGACAUUCCCGUGAUUAAAGAUACAAAAAAGAAACAGGCAGCAAAAGCAUCGAAAAAGUUAGCGGAUAGUGAUAUUGAUUUGAAUAAGCCCCCAAAAUUGGAAAAAAAGGAAAAACCGAAAAAAGUGAUCCGAGCGUCUGCUAAAUCUAAGGGAAAACUUAAUGAUAUAAAAAAAAUUGAAGAUAGUGCUAUGGAUUGUAUGGAUGUCGUCAAGGAUGAAAAGGGUGAUGACGUGCCUUUACUCCAAGUUUUUCAACUGAAAAAUAAUCCGGUGUGUGAUUUUGAUGGAGGAAUAUGCAAUACAAUUACUAUUAGACAAGAUAAUACAUGUAUAAAAAUUAAAGAAAUUUCUGUAAGUCAGUUGCCUUAUUCAGUGAAAACUGAGCAGGAAUCCGAAAUGGCUAUGUCUAAACCUGCUGUAAAGAAAGAAUCGAAAGCUAAGGCUGAAAAACAGCCAAAACCAAAACCUAUUAAAGAAAAAAUCGUGAAGAAUGUUAAAAAAGAAAAGGCAGAGAAAAAAACUAAGGCGUCUGUUGUAGGAAAAACCAAAACCAAACCAAAACCUAAAGUAUCACCAAAAGCUAAACCUAAAACAGGACGAGUGUCCAAAAGACCUAGGGUAGCAUCACUUAACGCUAUUGCCAAGGUGCACUGUCUUUACGAAAAUGAGACAAAGAGUGCUUUGAUUGAUUCUUUGCCGGCUUCGGCAUUGGCUGCAGCCGCUGCUGCUGCCACCACUGAAUUUCCUGUCGCUGUCCCUACGCCAUCAUCUAAAGUUAAACAGGAAUCGAAAGGAAAAUCAUCUGCUACUGCCAGGAAAGGUAAACGAACAUCGAAAAGAACUACUCCUGGACUUAAAAGUGUGGGAAGACAUUGGGAUAUGCAUGAUACCAGUUCAAAUAGUUCUUCUUCUGGCGGUGAUGAUGUAAAAUACGAACCACCAAAGUCAGCUAAGCGAAUUAAAAAACAGCCUGUGGUGUCUGAACCCGAAAGUACAGAUGACGAAGGUCCAGAAACUUCGACUAAACAAGUAGUUUCUCCAUCCUGUGGCUCAAAGCGGAAGAGACGCAAUGCAGAUACAGUUACUAUGGAUUUAAAAGAUAUGGUAGUUAAAAAACGCAUGGCCAGCUUAAACGCGUCUGCUAUUUUGGCUGCCAGUUAUUCAACCGAAAAGAAACCUCCUCCUUCAAUCAAAGGACUAGAUAAUUCGCCAAAUAAGUCUACAUCUAGUUCUGAUGUGUCCUCAGUAAGAUCAGAACCUGAGGACGACGCAGAAGACGAAGACUCAGAUGGGCAUAAAGAAUCAUCGUCUACGCAUUCUACAAUCGCGCAGCAGACACCUCUGCCUCCUAUCAUUCCGCCGCCUUCGUCGCAGCUAGCUGUUAUUGUCAACCAAGACACUGAUGUCACCAUUACUGGUGUGUAUGUCAAUAGUACUACUCGAUCUACGAGACACGAAGAAUUCUGUACUAUAUCUGGACUUCAGUAUCGUAUUUCCAGUACCAGCCAUACACAAACCGAGGCUACAGCUGUGGCCACAGAAACGGUCUUGCAUGCUGAUCACGCUGUUGUAAAACCUCCUUUGUCGUCAGCUCUUCCACAACAACCAGCGGCUCCUCGUCCAUCUUAUGCACCACUCACUGCUCUGUCUAGCAUGCAGCCUCCUGGUACACCCGGUGGUAGUGAACUCCAUCCUCAGCAAAGACGCCAUCAUCAUCAUCCUCAUCAUGGCGUGCCAUACGGUAGUGCCUUUUCAGCACCCCCGCCACCACCUUCGGCCCAUCAACCGAACCAGACCAACGGAUCCUCUUCAGAUACUUCUGACAAACAUGAACCUGGACCACCACUGCCACCUCCACCUCCAAUUCCUUAUGCCCAUGGAUAUUACCAGCCGGCCGGUCCGUUGAUCACACAUCACAUUGUACCACAUCACGUGCAUUUGCACCAUCCACCGCACGUGAAACCAUCGUCCCUGGUACCACCUCUGGUGCCCACGCCUCCUUCAUCGACAGGCACAGCAGCACCGCCGCAGACGGAGUCAUCUGACAACGAAAUUGUGCCAGUCAGAUCCACCUCCGCUUCGACGCCACCCGGUUACCACAGGUAUCCACCGCAGAACUCGUACCAUCCUCCUCCCAUACCGUCGUAUUACCCUUCACCGCCAGCGUCGGCCAACCUUCAAUACCCACCUCCGCCACAGGUCCCGCAACACCACUAUUUGCCGGAACCCAAUCCCUGUGUGUACCCUGGUGUGGCACAUCACCAACCAGGAUAUUUCCACCAUAGCCGGAGCUCUCCAUAUCAUCACAUCGCCUACCAUCACAGGCGACCAGCACCACCGUACAAUCCGGCUAUUGUAGGUCCACCGACGUACUAUCACGAGUACUACGGACAUCCACCCGGGCCACCACCCGCACCACCCGGGUCUCCUGGACAACAGCAACAAAUGUUGGUGGCCGCACGGCCCGGCGACAGACCGGACCACCACCCCCAGCAGCAACCGGACGCCUAUCCAGCGCCUCAACCGCUGUACUACUCACCGUAUGGUGCUCCACCGGGCCCGUCGUGUUACCCACCGGCGCCGCCCCGAACUUACGUAGACCCAGCCUACCAUUCUUGUCCGUGCCCAAUGCAAACUUGUCCCAAUCCAAAAAACGUCCAUACUGGCCCGCUUACUGGUGCAGUCAGUAAGGGGCCGAAACACCAUUCUACCACAGUCGUAACGCUUCCGCCGGUGGCAUUGGCGCUGCCGCAAGAGCCUCCCCGCGCCCUAGGACCGCCUAGCCCGGCCAGGGGCAGCGCAGGAGUCGCUAGACCCGCGAGGUCCGGCUCAUCUUGUAGCCCGUCAAAACAAGUUCCUUGGUGCAUGAGUCCGUUGAGCCCGGCCAGGGCGUCCGUGCAACACCUGGCCCCUCAGUCUCCGGCCAUGUUGACCGCCAAGAAUCCCACUUCCGAAUGGAACACCACUGAAGACAAAUGUGAUACCACUGGGCUUCUUGCUAUCGGCAAGAUGCUCAGCGAGUCCGUGUUAGGGUUAGAACAACCCAUGGACGACGAUCAAGAGAUCAUACCAAAAAUCGAACCGGUCGACGAAGACAUGCCCGCCUCGUAUUACACGCUCAAGGUGAACAUGGCCAGCGAAGACCGUCAACCGAUGCCUGAACAGCUGACCACCAUCGAUUUGUCCAUGAAACCUAACAAUGAUUACCGGGAAACGACGACUGUUUACUGCGACCCGUCCGUCAACCACAACAACAACAACAUUGUUGACGGCGAAGAUAACAACAAACUUAUUAAAGGAUCAGCCAAGAGAAAGAAGCCCAAUCCCACGCAAAUCGUCUUGGCAAAAAAAUCGAAAAUUCAAAACGAGACGCACGACGUUAACUUCGAACAAGUCAAACUCGAAGUAGAAUCAACUACCGACGACCAAACGCCUGUAUUGACAACCGACAUCAACAUCGAGCGGAAAAACAGUGAAGAAGUGACGUCCACCACAGACAUCAGUAAUGUCGGCGAACUGGACUCGCCAGAAGAGUGCGAAGAAGUACUGCGGUCUGCAAUGUCUGACGAUAGUGAUAGCGAAGAGAUGGUCGGCGAAACUUUUGUCAAGAAGAAAAACGUUCCCAAGAAAACAAAGAAAGGCCGUAAAGAUCGAAAAAGUGGUGGCAAUAAGAAAGAAAUGACUGAUGCCAUGAAAAGGGAAAUGGAACAGCGAAUGCGCGAAGAAUUCGCUCAGUUGUCCAGACUUAAAAAACAGGAUUUAGCGCCCAGAUGGUCCAACGGUUGGAUGUGGGAAGGCAAACCGUUUAAACGGCCGGUUUACUUAGAGAACGAUGACGUGCCGGUGUUGAGAAAGUGCUACCCUUGUAUGCGUCAUAUGCAAGGCGACACCAUUUACGCCAGGGACUGCGUUUUGCUGAAGUCGGGUUCUCGAAAAAACGACCUGCCGUUCAUUGCCAAAAUCGCCAGCCUUUGGGAAGAUCCUGUUAACGGAGAAAUGAUGAUGUCGCUGCUGUGGUAUUAUAGGCCAGAACACACGAAACAGGGUCGUCAAAAAGGAGACAUGCCAGACGAGCUGUUCGCUUCCAAGCACAGGGACGUUAACAGUGUGGCUUGUAUAGACGACCGGUGUUACGUAUUAACUUUCAACGAAUACUGUAGGCAUCGCAAACACAUAAAAUCUGUACAAGAAAACUUGGUGCUUUCAAAAGCUGUUGUACCUCCGUUGCAAGAGUUUAAUCCACGAGGAAGGCAAUUACCUGCUGAAGGCGCUCCAACUGAUCUGAUAUUCUUCUGUCGUCGAGUUUAUGAUUGUCGACAAAAACGUUUACUGAAAAAACAAUCACUGUGACCCAAAAUCAUCUAGAUCGUUUCAUUAUUUGUGACCAUUGACAUGAUAUUGUUGUUGUCCAUACCUUGAAGACAUACCUAUUUUGCUGUAUAUUUAACAUAGUUUAUAUGUUGUCCCUCAACGUACAGUGUAGUCAUCAAGGAAGUCAGGGUCACUAAAAUAAAACUA